AUGAAUCCAUUGAGGACGUUCGCCAAAACGGCACCUCGUUCUGUAACGACAUUUGAGCUUAAAUUCUUUCAACCUCUCUCAACCUACUCUGUUCUCAUGAAGGAAAGAUUUCAUUACCUUGAUCGUUCACCCUCGGAUAAUAACAAAUCGUGGUCAAAGAAUACUCCUUCGCGUUCAACCUCCUUACCUCGAACCAAACGAACUGCGACCCUUGUUCAGGAUUCGAUUUUCUCGUCAAAGUUUACAGAUUCUAUUUCCACGGCAACCGAACUUCAUAAUUAUUCUACAACUACGCCUACAACUUUAAAACCUUCGUCUCUAACCAAGAUGGCAAUUCUUGCCUCUUCAACUCGCACGCGUUUAAAUACCAACACUAGAACUCCGCCUGCAAAUCAUGUAAAUAAGAUUCCGAAAGGAUUCUUUAAAAUCACAUUACGUCGUUCAACGAUUGGAAUGCCCAAGAAACUUCGUGCCGUGGUAAAAGCCUUGGGGCUAAAACGUUUGUCGCAUACUGUUUAUCAUGAUCAAACACCAAUCAUCGCCGGCAUGAUCCUUAAAGUGAAGGAACUUUUAGAGGUAACAAAUGUCAAGAGGGUACCUACGCCAGAGGAGAGAAAACAUCACGCCGAACCUGGAUAUGUGAUUAUUAAAAGAUAUUGCCCAACCGUACCUUGUGAAUAG